UUGCACCACGCCCACCUUUUUAGUUCCAAAUAGAGCCCAUUUCUUGGUGGCAUGUGAUACCUUGGCGAACACGUGGAACUCCUCCUUUCUCUCCCAAGAACAUAGUUUUCAUCGGAGAUAGAUCAUGGCUCCUAUGCGAAACGGAGUUAUUCCUAAUGCCCAUUUUAAGAAGCACUGGGAGCGUUGGGUUAGAACCUGGUUCAACCAGCCCGGCAAGAAGAAGACCAGACGAACCAAGCGUCUCCAGAAGGCUGCUGCUGUGUCCCCCCGGCCAGCGAGUGGUCACCUGCGGCCCGUCGUGAGGUGUCCAACCUUUAAGUAUAACACCAAAGUUCGCAAUGGCCGAGGCUUCACCUUAGAGGAACUAAAAGCUGCUGGUAUUUCGAAAAGGAAAGCGUUGAGUAUUGGCAUUGCAGUGGACCACAGACGUAAAAACAGAUCUCUCGAGUCACUGCAGACCAACACACAGAGACUGAAGGAGUACAAGUCCAAACUAAUCCUGUUCCCUCGCAAGGCCAGUAAACCAUGCCCUGGGGAUGCAGAUGCUGAGACAGUCAAGAUGGCCACCCAGCUGAAGGGCCCAGUGCUGCCUAUCAAGAGGCAGGUGAUGCGCUACAAGGCCCGGGCCAUCACUGCCGAUGAAAAGAAAUACAGUGUGUUCUCUGCCCUGAGAGUGGCCAGAGCUGAUGCCAAGUUAGUGGGAAUGAGAGAGAAGAGAGCAAAACAGAAAGCAGAGGAGGAAAAGAUGAAGAAGAAAUAGACAUUGACUUGCACAGUUUGAUGAUUGUUUUAUCGAUGUCUCUGUGUGUAUGUACUUCGAUCUUCCAUUUUGCAAAUUAUAAUCAGCAAAAGUAA